AUGUCGAAACAAUAUCUCUCUUGCGGUUCUGCAGACAAUGCCCACCCUGUUGAUAUCUUCGCACUGGCCGUGACUGACAAGCAGAUCUUGUCGGCCUCGGGUACUUCUUCCCUCAAAGUUCACUCCACUACAGAUCCCGAUUUUCCGCUAGUACAGUCUAUUGACGGUGCCCAUAAAGUCGGGUGCCAUCAUGUGGUUACUAACGGAAAUGGUUCGAGGGCCGUCAGUAUUGGCUUUGGCGGUGAGAUCAUGAUUUGGUCUUGCCAUGACGGAGUCUGGGCAAAGGAUGAGGGAGCGUCUGUCAACAAGGCAACACCUGCGGACGUUUGGGCCAUCGCUUUGUCCGAAGAUGGUCAAUAUCUUGCCGGUGUUACGCAAGAUGGUCAUAUCAAGGUGUGGGAUCUGGACACUAAUGGCGAGGAAAUCCGAGACUAUGAAACCAAAGGUAGCUUCGGCACCUGCAUAGAUUUGUCCGCGGAUGGCCGCUUCAUAGCAAGCGGACACGAAAAUGGUAGUGUUUACAUUUUCAGUACAGAAAGCGGACGCAUGCCAUUCAGCCUAUCAGGCUUGGUUAAACCUGUACGAGCUGUUGCAUUCUCCCCUGGAGGAAAGUUUCUUGCUGCUGCUGGAGAUUCCAAGGUAAUUGUGCUUUAUGACACGUCCUCUGGUGAACAAGUGGCGAGUCUCUCGGGGCACACCGCAUGGGUCAUGUCGCUGUCGUGGAGCCCCACGGGGGAGUAUCUUCUCAGCGGGUCGUUUGAUGGAAAGGUCAAAGUUUGGUCGAUAGACACAAGAGCAUGUGUGGCCACCCAUUCCGAAACAGACAAAGCAAUCUGGAGUGUCAAGUGGCUGGCGAAGAUCGGAAGAUCAGUAGGAUUUGCCACGGCUGGUGCAAACAGGAGCAUAUCAUUCUACCGUGAGGCCACUGGUGGUUAG